UGCCUAGACCUGAAGACCUCCCAGUGAUGUGUUUACUACCAGCGGGUGCGGACGAGAGGAAGCAGCUGGUCUGUUUUCGCUCAGUUGUGAAUCAUUGUGAAUAGAAACAUGUGAUUUACGGGUGGAUUUAGUGUUAUUAUGAGUAUAUGUAUCCUUAGAUAUGUGUAAUAAUCAUCGUCGUGCUCUAAAAUGGCCAGAAAAAGCUUAAUAAGUUACGUGUGCCAGAACCCAAACAAAACAUGAGUGUGUGUAUCGGUUCUUCAGCUGUGUUUUGGGACAACAUAGCUUGUAGCUGUGCCAAGACGUGUGUAGUGGUGUCAUCUGUCAAAAUGGGGUGGUCAACGGGAUGUGUGCUGUGCCACGGACGCUGUUCCCAAGAGGAUAAGAGGCAAUACUAGCAGCACUGAACACAGCCAGUGACAGUGUCUCCUUGGAGGUGCUUGUAAGCUCUACCCCGGUGUCAAGCGAUGCUGGCCACUUAAGAGUAACCCCCUGAAGCUAAGUCUAAGAAGAACAGCCAUAAUGCAGGCCAAGAAACGUUAUUUACUCCUAUUUAGUUGCUGUGCAUUUCUCUCCUUCGGAUAUUUUGGUUACCAUCACUUCAAAAUCCACCGACAAAAUAAGUGGUAUCUACACCUGUCAAGUUAUUCCGAAGAUUCAGAUAUAGUCCACGACGAGGACAUAUCUCCAAGCCCGAGGUUUAGGAAUAGAAGAACUACAAGGGAGAAUGGUGACGGCAACGCUUUUAGAGAGUGUCAGAUGGAGACGUGCUUUGAUUUUACACUGUGCGAGAAAGGCUUUAAGGUGUAUGUGUAUCCGAUCGAUGACAACGCGCCUCCUAGCAGCAACUAUAUGAAAGUGCUCACUGUGGUUCAAGAUUCAAAUUAUCACACGUCAGACCCCAGUCAGGCUUGUAUUUUCAUUCUGAGUCUUGACACGCUGGAUCGGGACACGUUAAGCAAAGACUACGUAAGGAAUAUGCCUCACAGGAUUCAGCGGUUGCCUUUAUGGAACAACGGACAGAAUCACAUAAUUUUUAACCUUUAUUCAGGCACCUUCCCCGACUACACUGAAGACCUAGGGUUUGACGUCGGCAAGGCUAUAUUAGCCAAGGCCAGCAUAUCCUACGAAAAUUUCCGGACCGGGUUUGACAUUUCACUCCCCCUGUUUUAUAAGACACAUCCCGAACGAGGUGGAGACGAUGGCUACUUGGAAUCCAACAAAUUCCCAGGGACCAAAAAGUACCUGUUGUCUUUUAAGGGCAAGAGAUACGUGUACGGUAUUGGUAGCGAGACGCGGAACAGCCUGUACCACUUACACAACGAGCGAGAUAUUGUUCUCCUGACCACUUGUAAACACGGAGAUUCUUGGAAGGAGUACAAGGACGAGAGGUGUGACCAUGACAACGCCGAGUAUGACAGGUCUGUCUCCAAAAAAUUAUAACGAUACU